ACAAAGCACUGUUUGGAGUGAUCGGAUUGUAACCAAUGGUCCUACUGUUACCGCCUGAGCGACCGACCCCUUAUAUGCUGUGGGGGAAGGAAUCGAUGCCAUUGACUGGACGGGAACGCCAUCUUGGAAAGUAUCCUCCAUUGCCAACUAUUGCACGUCCAGUCCUUUUUAAAUGUUUUAUUUCCCCAUCACCUUUUCUAUUUAUUUGUGUUUGGGAGCCAUUACUGCUGUCGGACUACCGGAAAGAUAUUCAUGCUGGACACUCGGCGUUGGGAAAUUUGUCGGUGGUGUUCAGCUCGAUGUGCGCUGCUGUUGCGAUAGUCUAGCUGCUUGAAAAACCUGGAAUGGGCCACAAAUAUCACAUCCCAGAACAGACUUUUUUUUAAAUCUGAGCUCUGGUGUCUGGACUACCAACAAAUAGGAAAAUAUGUUUUGGAAAUUUGACCUCCAUGCCACAUCACACAUUGACACUCUGCUGGAGAGGGACGAUGUAAGACUAACAGAUAUAAUGGAUGAGGAAGAUGUUCUGCAAGAGUGCAAAGCCCAAAACCACAAACUAGUUGACUUCCUCCUGAGACCACAGUGCAUGGAAGACCUUGUCACCUUCAUCACGCAGGAACCAAGUGCCGAUGUUGAGGAAGACAUUAAAUACAAGUAUCCCAACAUAUCAUGUGAGCUGCUUACAUCAGAUGUGAGCCAAAUUAACGACAGAUUAGUGGAAGAUGAAAAUCUCCUGAUGAAAUUGUAUAGCUUUCUUGAAAAUGAGCCACCUCUUAAUCCUCUUCUGGCCAGCUUCUUCUCCAAGGUCCUGUCUAUUCUUGUAGGACGCAAACCUGAACAGAUCGUGGAGUUUCUCCGGAAGAGGGAGGAUUUUGUAGACCUGAUGAUCAAACACAUAGGGACAUCAGCCAUUAUGGACCUGCUUCUCAGAAUGCUCACCUGCAUUGAACCACAGGUGCUGCGACAGGAUGUUCUUAAUUGGCUAAAUCAGGAAAAUAUAAUUCAGAGGCUUGUGGGCAUGGUACAACCCUCUCAGGAUGAGGAUAGACACUCCAACGCCUCACAGUCACUGUGCGAGAUCAUUAGACUGAGCAGAGACCAGAUGUUCCAGGUCCAGGGAUGCCCACAGCCAGAUCCAUUACUGGCUACACUUGAAAAGCAGACCACAGUGGAGAAGCUGCUGUCUCAUAUCUUCGAUAAGGAGAAGAAUGAAUCUGCAAUUGUCAGUGUUAUCCAGAUCCUUCUUACGUUGUUUGAGACAAGACGACCAGCGUUUGAGGGCCAUAUGGAAUGCUCCCCUAGCAUGUCCCACCCUUCAUUCUCAGUCAACCAUAGCAUCUUGGAGGCUGUGAGACCACGACUUAAAGAUUUUCAUCAACUACUGCUGGAUCCCCCGAAGAAUGACAUGAUGAGGACAACGUGGGGAGUGCUUGAUCCUCCUGUGGGUAACACUCGGCUCCAUGUGGUCAGACUAGUGGUCAGCCUGUUGCAAACCAACACUCCCUGUAUCAGUAAAGAGCUCAUUCACCUCAACACCCUGGGAGUAAUACUUGAUAUGUAUUUCAGAUACAUCUGGAACAACUUCCUCCACAUUCAGGUGGAAAUCUGUACAGCUGUGAUUUUGGUCAUGCCUCCUUUUACCACUGACGUCCAGCUAGACACAGAACAGGAAAAUGCCAGAGAGAGCAUCCUCGUCAGAGAUUUGUUUCAAAAAUGCCAUUUCAUACAGAGAAUCGUUGAAGCUUGGAACACUAAUGAAAAGGAGCAGGCAGAAGGUGGCCGGCGGCGAGGCUACAUGGGUCAUCUCACCAGAAUAGCUAAUUCAAUAAUUCACAACUGUGACAAAGGGCCUAAUGGAUUGCAGAUACAACAGCUCAUCUCUGAGCUAAAAGUGGAGGACAGAGAAAAAUGGGAGGCCUUCAUAUCUGGGCAGCUGGCUGACACAAACAAGAGAAACACUGUUGACCUGGUGAACACACACCAGAUCCAAUCCUCAACUGAUGAUGAGGUUGACUUUAAAGAUAGCAGCUUUCACCAUGACUCGUCUCUACAACAAGCGUUUUCUGAUUAUCAGAUGCAACAAAUGACGUCCAAUUUUAUUGAGCAGUUUGGCUUCAAUGACGAAGAGUUUGCGGAUCCGGAUGAUGUUUUGGAUAUUCCCUUUGACAGAAUAUCAGACAUCAGUUUUUCACUGAAUACAAAUGAAAGUGUGAAAGUAGCAAUGUUUGAAGCACGCUGUAGGGAGAAAAUCCAGCAGUUUGAGGAUGCUGGUUCAGAUGAUGAGGAUAUCUGGGAUGAAAAAGAUGUCACCUUUGCACCAGAGGCACAGAGGCGCCCCAGGAGUGCAGGGAGCACAGACAGCGAGGACAGCACUGACUCGGAGGAAGAGGAUUCCAAGAAAGAUACAUUUGAAGCGUCGAAUCCCAGCACUGAAGACAUUAUGGAAGUUGAAACAGACACAGCAUGGAGCAGCUAUUGUGCUCCAAAUUCCAACUCGGAGACAGGCUGGGCCGAUUUCUCCAACUUCUCCCCCACCAGCCCCAAUGACCCACUAAUGUGCAACUCUCCCGUUGCUAUGGAAACCAACAUAGAGAAGCUGGAUCCGCUGGGCGUCAUUGGACCAUUAUAUUCAGAGGAAAGUCAUGGCUGGUUGAGUCCUGGUAUUUCUUCUUCCUCCUCUGUCACUUCUAAGAGUUGUGCAAGAUCUAAAAUGGCGGAUGAAACUACCUGCAAUGUGCAACGCAGUAUUACAGAUACAGUCGUUAAUGGCUCCAUAAAAGAGACUUUCAGCCUCACUGUUGAUGCAAAGACGGAGACAGCUGUCUUCAAGAGAGUGUUGAAAUCAUAUCGCAGUGAGAAGUGCAAGUACACGUUGGAAUUCCCCAAUGGCACUCAAGAGGAAAUGUCAAGCAUAGAUGAUGCCAAUUCAGGGUGUACCCCGCCUCUCGCCCGAAGAUAGCUGGGUUAGGCUCCGGCACGCCCGCGACCCUAGUGAGGAAAACCAUCCCACCUCACAGCUGCUGCAACGAUCGGUUUGCAAUAACCAAAGAAUUCCUGCACAAACUGUCAGAAACCAUCUCAGGGAAGCUCCUCUGCAUGCUCGUCGUCCUCAUCGGUGUCUCGACCUGACUGCAGUUCGUCGUAGCACCUGCACCUCACUAAAGUGCCAGUAACUAUUAUUGAAUUGCAUAAGUGAUUUUUUUUUCAAUUUACAUAAAGACUCAAAUAAAAAAAAUGGCUCGCUACUUCGUCAAUUAACAUCUGGGGUGUGCGGUUCCUGUGACGUAACCCCCUGGAUAAACGAGGGAUUACUGUACUGCUGUAUACCGGACAAAGUUAUCGCUGAUGGGAAAGGUACUGUACCUUAGUUUGUUGUAUAAUCUGAUACUAUACCUCUCAAUGUGCAGUCAUUGUACAAAUAUGACUAGCAUAGUAUUACUAUUUUGAUGAAUUUCCAUGUACCAAUAUGAAUCAUCUUCAAUAUAUAACAAACAAGUACCCCAUAUAACAUAAAUGACACGCCAAUAGAUUUAUUUGAAAAUGUUUCAAUAUAAAAUCAAUAUUGUCCAUGGUAUAUUAUACUACAAAAUACUCAAUGUGAGCCAAUGUGCAUACACAAAGUGUACUUUGUGUUAAAAUGAUUAUUUAAAAAAAUGUUCAAACCUACCUUGCUUUCUUCCUUUCUCCUGAUUUUUUUAUUUUUUUUAAUUAUUUUUUAAACCUAUCCUACAUAUUUGCUACCCACCUUACAUAAUUUGAGUGUGAGGGUUAGAGUAAAAGCAAGCUGGAAUCGAACCAGGCUGUGCCAUGAUGCACUCAGUUAUCAGAGUCAAGUCUCUUUAUUGGGUAAGUAUAUUAUAGCACGGUAGAUCCAGUCAGAUAUGCCUGAGGGACCAUUCUGGAAACAUUAGGUUCUCUUUAAAGACUUAAUAAUAUUUAUAGAACUCUCACAGUUUCCUAUUUUAGAAUCACUAAAGAUCUUACUCUCGCCUUUAAAGGUGCCAUUAUUUACCAAAUGAACUUUUUCUAGUAUUUGGGAUGUAAUAUUGGCUCUAUGGUGCGUCAGUACACGUGAUUUAUGAAUUAAAAUCGUCCACACA